UGCCGUUCACAGCGUGCAAGCUCGCCCACCCACCCGGUCACACAAAGAUCACGGCGCACGGCGGACGCGCGCUCCCCCGGCUUGAGCGCAUCGCCGACGCCACAAACGCCUGCUCGACGAGAGCCUGGCGGACGCUGUGUGGUGGUGGGCGAGCCAAGAUGAGGGAGAUGACAACAUAAAUCCCGCUCGCCUGGGCUGUUUGAUGGUCCACGGCCGAGGAAGCUCGAGUCGUGUGAAAGCCGAAGACACCGAAGCCGGCGCUGCCGCUUUCAACGCGCCGCGGAGCCAGCCACCAGCCGAGCGAGGCUGGUUGCAAGUCUGGGAAAAAUCAAUGGCUGUCUGCUAGUCCUGCUUCGAGAACGUCACGUCGAUACCCCAUUUAACUGCCUCAAGCGCUGCCAACAAUCGCUCAUGGAGGCUGGGCUCGACACCUCGCAGUCCGCUCGCUUGCGGGGGGAGCCGCUGCACCCCGUAGUCUACGCUUGCACAGCAUUGCUCCUCCUCUGCCUGCUCACAACUGCCAUCACAUACCUCCUUCACCACAGCGUAAUCCUGAUCAGCCGCAAGGGCUGGCAUCUGCUUCUCAACCUCUGCUUCAGCAUCGGACUUACGGGCACCGCCUUCGCUGGAGGAAUUGAGCAGACAAGCAACCUGCCACUCUGCCAGGGGGUGGGGAUCCUUCUCCACUAUGCGUCUUUGUCCACGGUGCUGUGGAUCGGAAUGAUGGCGCGCAACACAUUCCGACAGCUGGGGCCGAGAGAGCGCCCAGCUGAGAGUGAUGAGCCUCCUCCGCCUCCACGGCCCAUCAUAAGAUUCUACCUAAUUGGAGGAGGCAUUCCCAUCCUGGUAUGCGGAAUAACAGCGUUGGUUGACAUCAACAAUUAUGGGAGCAACGGAAGCAUGCCACUCUGCUGGGUGGCAUGGGAAGCGAGCCUCGCCGCUUUCUACGGCCCCACGGCACUCGUCGUUCUGGCCACGUGCGUCUACCUCAUCCGCACGGCCGUGUGCCUGCACCGCCGCCCUGGCCAGCAGCGCUACGAGCUCAAGGACGCGCACCCGGCCGGCCCUCGUGGGGCCGCUGGACAACCGCCCCACAUCAUCAUCAUCCACCCACCCCCGCGCUGCUGCCACCAUCACGUGGCCAGCCACGGCGGGCCCGAGUGUGGCCACGGAGGCGCGUCCCGCUGCGCCGGCUCUCCGCCACCGGCGCUCGCCAACGAGCACACGUUCCCCGAGCAGCUCGUGGGCACAGCUCUCGUGCUGCUGCUGUAUGCCAUCUCCUGGACGCUGGGCGCCCUGGCCGCGUGGCACUCCGACCAGCUGCUGUCCGUGGUAUUCAGCUGCCUGUUCGGUGGCACGGUGCUCACGCUGGGGCUGUUCGUGUUGGUGCACCACUGCGCCAAGCGCGACGACGUGUGGCACCUCUGGUUCGGUCGCUGCUGCUGCUGCUGCCACUGCUGUGGAGGAAAAGGUGGCGGCGUGACCCAGGCGGAGGUCGCCUCCUCCUCCAAGCUCUCGCAUCAACCGUCACGGAGCGAGGAGCAUGAUCAAGAGUGCAAGCUCAUAACUAAUGGCCAGCUGUCGAGCGUGGGCGGUGGGAAUAUGUAUGUGGUGGUGAGCGGAAACCCGCCUUCGUUGGUGAGCGACAGUGUGGCCGCCAUCAGCAGCAUACCCCUGGCCUCAACGGAGCACCAGUGCAAGAUGACCAACCUGCAAGUGGAGAACAUUGCCAGGGCGAAUGUGCAGUUCGCACAGAGCAGGGAGAAAAGCAUCGAUGAGCGACUGAGUGAGAUCAAUGAGCAGGCGAGCGCCGACUGUCUCACGAGCAGGACUCUGCCGAGGAAACACUGCGCAAGGGGUCGGAGGAAAAACAGUCUGCAGGCCAACAGGCAAAGCUCCACGGGCGACUUGGUUUAUGACGUGCCAAAAAUCACGACGGAGGGAGGCGUCAGUGCGCAGUACAGUGAAUUUUCCACACUUUCACUCUGCUGUCGGUCACAGGAAAGUGGCUCUGGGAACGAUGAUGCACCUGUGGUGCAGGCAGCCUCUCAGGAGGCUUUCUGCAUGGCGUACGGCAUCCACUUUCCUGUUCACAAUGUGGUAUCGCCUGCUGAUAACAUUGAGCUAAAUGCCACAGUCCCAUUAAUCACAGGCACCUGCCCAAAUGUCAAAACGGGACCCUGGAGGACUGAGACAACUGUAUGAGCACAUUAUCAUAUCGUUUAAAAUGAAAGAGCCGAUACAAAAAAAAAUGACACAAACACUAAAAACAUUUGAAAAUGCAAAGAACUCUGGACCCACGUAUAUAUUUUUAGUACGUAUUGUAAAAGCGAAAUAUUUUAUUGGUUGUCAGUCGAAACAAAAUAUUGCAGAUGCUGAAUGUUCUGUAAACACUCUAUAAAAUAUGCUUUUCAAACACAUCGUCACCCUGCGACACUCCAAAAAUAUAUAUGUUGCAUAGAUGUAUAGUCAUCAAUGGAUGUAACCUUUUGGUAUACCGUAGAUGUUACUAUUGCUGUCGACAAAGAUAUUUUUUCUCUCUCCUGGAAUGGCUCUUUAUUGCCACCUGCUGUGCAGAUGAAACAUUGCUUAGAGUACGAGUUGGUGGUGGUGGUGGCGGCGGUGGUUGUAUCUCAGAGGGAUGUAAAUGUAAAAUAGGACCAUUAAGUGCUUUUUGAAGAAUACCCGUACCGUAAAAUAUAUUGCAUCAACAAUUAUGAGUGCCAAUUGUAAGGAUUACCGACGGUGGUUGAUUGGACACAAUUUAUUGGUGUUGAUCGUAUGAUGCUCAUAUGCAAUGUAAAAUAAAGGGUUAACAUCUUGUUUUUUUUCAGUGCAUGCAUCGGCAGAAAUAGGCAGCAGCGGCAACAAUGUGAGUUGACUUGAAUCCCAUUGAUGUCACGUAUGAUGUCUGCAGCGAAGCAUUCACUGACAGUACAUUCACUUGUUAUUGUGGAUAUACAGUUAUGAAUUGUCCAAGGUGUACUUAACAUGCCAAAUAAAUUGUCGGGUUUCUACAAAGCGCCGUGACACCAGAGUGCAACAAUCUAAAUCCAUGUCUUACAUAAUCCCUUCUACUGUAAGUCAUUGUGAGUGAAUGUGAUUGCUGUAUGCUGUGUGUGAUAUCAGUUAUGCAAGUAAGUCGAGUUAUUUUGUACGUAAAUUUCGUUCAUUUUAUUAAUCAACCAAUUAUGUGUGCAGCAACACAGUUGCAAUGUGUACACUUUAAAAAUAAUUCACAAUAUCAUUGACAUUGAAAUUCUUGACCACUAGGUGGCAUUACAGUGAUACAUUAGUUUCAUUUGGUAAUGUCCCACGACUGCAGUAGUACAACGCAGUUGCCGAACGAUAGUAAGUGUGGUGGAUACGUUUACUUUAUCAAAUAAUUUACAGCACAUUUUUUUUACAAUAUAAGAAUGGAAAAAAAUUGCAAUCCAUUACUUCUUGAUAUUGAGUAUUUAUAACAAAUUCAAUAAUAUUACUUAUGUAUUCCUCGGGAACUGCUUGCUCUUUAUCUCCCAUUCGGAUUCGACUAUUUAUUUUAAAAAAUCAAUGAUAGUCAGAGGCUUGUCUCUCCUUGUGCUUAGGAACCUAAAUGAAUGCAAUUGAUUCUAAAACAAUCUGACACUUUAUUCUUUGGGUCUUUCGGUAAAGUCACGUAGAUAGGUUCAAAUAAAAUAGUUUUUAUUUUCUUGAGCGAAAGACCCAAAGAACAAGUAUUCCUGCAGUCACUAAAGCUUUAAGUCAAGAUGUAAUCUGACACAUUUAUUCUAUUGUAACUAACAGCAAGGCCAGUGCAUCUACAUGCAACGAUUUGCACUUGCAUGAUUGCAGUACAAUAAUCUAGUUUUUUUACUUACCUUUUGCACAGUUGCACAUUUGUUAAUGUACCACGAUAAUGAGUAAUUGAAAUCCUUCAGAGAGGUUAUGUAUGACUAGGAUUUAGCGAUUUUGCCAUAUAGCUCUCCAAUGUGUUUUUGGGCUAUACCACGUGUUGUUCGGCACAAUGUCCGAUGUUUUACCCUUCAGGAACUGAACAAGCUCACCACUACGUGGAGCGAAACGUCGGAUAUCAUGCUAAACAACACGCGGUAAAACCCACAAACAACAGAGGAGUUAUAUAUCCUAUAUAUUUCUCAAGUUACUGUACUGUCACAUUAAUAAUUGCUAUAUUUUCAGAUUGAACUGGUGUAUGUUACUGGGGUUGUUUAGUUAUGUUAGGGAGAGCAGCAGUAAAUAUGGAUUUUAUUCACGUUUGAAGAAUUCUUCACUGGUCAUGCAAUGAUCAAUAGAUUCGUCAAUGGAAAUGUAUUCUUAUAUUUGGUAUGUGCAUUAAAUCACGCGUUUGAAAAAUAAUUGUUUGUUGGAUUAUGGAAAUGAUAUGCAAAUGGUAUGCAAAUGUUAUGCAUGUCAAUGGUCGAACUCAACUGUUCAAAUGUCACAGCAAAAAAGGGAUAGAUAAUACAAAGGAGGUGGGAGGAAAAACGAGGCAUGAUAAUCUAUUCAAUCUAAUUGUGAUUGUGACAAUUUACUUGGGUUGAUUGAACCUUUACAUGCUUAUUACGUUUGACUGAAAUGUGGUUGGAUAAAUUUGCGCAAAAACACCCUGUAAGACAAAAUACCCUAUAAUAAUCUUUGGAUAUAUCCAGCAUAUACACAGAGCACAGGAGCGGAACACUAUCCGCACCUCCGAUUAGCACGGUUGGCCACGUAUGGUGCGAAAUAAUUUGAACAUGUGUAGUGCUGAACUUUACGCGGACAACUUCUUAUUUUUCUGUCGUCACUUUAUUUGAUCAAACUCAGCACAUUUCACCACCACUCUCCAGCGCGUUCUCCGCUCGCUCGCCACGCUCCGCCGGCCUCGCUCACUCCGUUCCUCCCUCUUUCUCUCCGUCUCUCUCUCUCUCUCCCGACUCUCCUCUCUGCUUCACCCGUCUCGGCUUCGAUCGUCUCGCUCUCCCUCGGCUUCUCCGUCUCACUCCAGCCGUUGCUCUCUCUCGGCUUCUCCGUCUCACUCCGACUGUCUCUCUCGUUCCCGUUCCACUGCUAGCCUAUCCAUCCUGUCGUCUCCUCUUCUCUUCCUCGUCUCCAUCUCUACUGCUACCCUAUACUUCGUCUUCUACUCCACUGCUACCCUAUACUUCUUCUCAUAUCUUCUUCUUCUGCUCUGACCGUCUCCGUCCAGCUCCCAGCAAAACUCUCCGUCUCACUCUGACGCCCCCGUAUGUAUCCCCGUCCCUAUUAAUUUCCAAUUAAAUAACCGGCGUCCCACCAACUCCCCGCGCCCGCGGCCCCCACCGCAACCUGCUCCCAUUCCCAAACUUACAGGCGCCACCUCGUCCCUGACAACAACAACAACAGGCCAAUCACUGCCCUGCAUCCCAUAAUUGCCUAAGGAGCCGUCUCCGUCCGGCCGUUGUCCCCCAGCAACACCAGCUUGUCCCGAUACAACCCCACUGUCCACAACCCACGCGUGUUUACAAUUACCCCCCUUGGUGCGCGUUAAACCACGACACAUGCAUACAUACAAGCUGCAAAGCAGUAUACAUUUGUUCAUCAUUGUUUAUGCUAGGAAACAUCUACAAGGGGCAUAAGUAUCCUUGUAUGACAAUAGAAUGUGAUGAGGGAGACGCUUUAGUCCCUGAAAUGUUGCAUUCAUUAACACGCCAAUCAAUUAAUGUCAUCAACAAAUGAGGUGUUCUGUUAUAUUACAAAAACGAUGCUGCUUUGACUCUUAAAUUGUGUUCUUUAUGAUUUCCAAUUCUAUGUAUUUGAAUGGCCCAUUGGGUAAUCAUUGUAAUUGUUUAAAGUUGGACCUCCUAUGAACAAAACUAAGUCCUCGACACUUUUUUUUAAACUCAAUCUGCGGUCCUCACUCAGUGACAUCCCAGCAGAGUGCUCAUAAAGUCACAAUAUUGUCAACGUUAGCGAUGUUGCGAUAUAGCGUUACUACGAUAUAUCUAUCAUAGGAUAUGAGGCACGAUAACGAUAUCAUUCGUUUUGUGUCACUGUAUUGGUAAUUAUAUUUGCAUACAAAUAUUUUAUUUCCA